CUAAGCAAUCUCAAAGUCUUCACUGCUGAUACAAUGACCUUGUAUCCGUUGCACCGGUGAAAAUGAAUGGAUAAGUCUGUGUGAAUUAACAAACAUGUCCCAAGUGUACACACUAUUCUGUUUGUGUGAAUGUGUAAAUAUGCCAUUUAGACCGUGGCUCCUCUAUGCCCUCACUCACUUUAACUAGCAGCAUUAGCGAGAUUUCAUUGUUGACUUGUGCUCUAGGAAGCCCUGUGCAUAUUUGCUUAAAAGUCUUUUAGCAGUUCAUAAAGACGGCCUGGUCCUCUUCCUGUCGGGACUCUAUCAAGGCUCUGCUAAGUCUCUUUGAUUUUACCCAUCCUCCAAUCACAUCGUGACAUUGACUCAUCCCUGGGCCACUUCAAAGGCUGUGAACAGGGGCCCAAGCUCCGCCCACUAGCAGUGUCCCCUUAAAUCUGCCCGAUGUCCUCUUUGCUCCUCAGAAAGGUGAACGCCCUCUCCCUCUCUAUAUCUCUGGACUUUAAGUGUUUGCGGAUCCAACCGAAGCUUCUGGAAAUCAUAUGGACAGUUUGGUGCUGUGACUGAAAACGCUUCUGCAAAUCACCGACUAUUCCAUUUCGGUUCGUCUCGUUGCAGACGGACAAUCUUAAGCAAUGCAAGCUAUUAGAGGUAAGUUUUGUUUAUUCACUGUUCAUCGUGUUAAGUGUUCUUGUUAUAGGAGUUAAAAAUCCUACUAUGAGCCUUCACUGAAUGUUAAGAGGGCUCAAUCUCAUGCUUGCUUUUUUCCUUGUUGCCUUUCACUCAGACCUCAAACACAACUUCAGUAUUCCACCUCCUUCUGCAAUGGCUGGAGCAACAGAUUCCUUUCACAAAGGGAACAUCAGGAUAACUCUGGAGGACCCUGAGCUCUGGAAAUCCUUCCAUGAGAUUGGUACAGAGAUGAUCAUCACUAAGCCUGGCAGGAGAAUGUUCCCGCAUUGUAAGAUAAAUAUUUCAGGACUUGUGCCCUAUGCAAAGUACAUCCUCCUGGUAGACAUCGUGCCUGAAGAUAGCUUCAGAUACAAGUGGAAUAAAGAUAAAUGGGAAGUAGCCGGAAAGGCUGAGCCACAGCCACCAUACAGGACCUACCUGCACCCAGACUCACCAGCUCCAGGAAGCCAUUGGAUGAAGCAGUCAGUCUCCUUUCUCAAGCUCAAACUCACCAACAAUGCCCUUGACCAGCACGGACAUAUCAUCUUGCAUUCCAUGCAUCGUUAUCAUCCUCGCUUCCAUAUCGUGCAAGCUGAUGACCUGUACAGUGUACGGUGGAGUGUGUUCAAGACUUUCGCCUUCCCCGAGACCUCCUUCACGGCCGUCACAGCAUACCAGAACACUAAGAUUACUAAGCUGAAAAUUGACAACAACCCCUUUGCCAAGGGAUUCAGAGAUGAGGGCAUGAACUCAAAAAGACGAACAAACAGAGGUCCGUCUGAUACCGAGCGCCUGGCUAAAAGGCUGAACUCUAUGGUCAGGGACUCAGAUCAAGAUGGAUCAAGAUCAAGCCCACCAGAUCUGUGCCGCUCUUCCUAUGAGGGUCUGGCAGAAGCACGGGCUGGAUGCAAGGAUGGAGUUAAGGAUGAGCCAAAUUCUCCAUGGGAAGGAGCAUCUGAUAGGGAAAACAGUCACAGCCUGGAAAGAGACUCCCCUCUGGGCUCUAAUGCUCGAGACGUAUACAGCUCUGAACAGCUUGUGCCAGGACACAACACAUACCAACCUUACAGAUUUCCUGAUUACAACAAGUCCCCAUCACCAACCUCCUCCAGCAUGAGCAGCAGCGCUGGACGCUCCAGCUUUGAAUCUCGAGUGCCUGACAUCACCACUGUGCCCGAGCAGGACGGCAAAGUCACUGAUCUGGUUGUCCCACAGUGUCCUCCCCCUGCUACAGCAGGUGUGCAGGACUAUGCUGGGGUGCUGAACGUAGCCAUGGCACAGGCAAAGCCAGGCAUGCUGGGACCUCAUGCACUCUAUGCACCUUACAGUGCUGACCAGCCCCUGACCCAGUGGAGCGGGACAAGCUCAGCACAGUACUCAUCCCAUCCACAUCAUCAUCACCACUUAGCAGCAGACUAUGGGACACAAGCUGUCCAUCAUGGCUACCACCAUGCCAACAUGGCUGACUGGAGCCAGUACCCGCUCUUCUCAUACUCCUGCUGGUGAACAGAGAAACAGAACAAAGUGUGUGGACUCGAGGCUUGCUCAGCCCCUUUGGAGGCAAAGCGGAAAUCAGAAAAGCGCACAAGAAUUAUGAAGAGAGACUGAGAUCAGUUAAGCUUGAAGAAAAUAGGGUCAAGGUGUAAAGCAUUUCGGCAAACUAGCUUCUUGUUGAUUUUCUUGAAGAUCUUACUGUUCAUUUCAUUCGGUUUACUUCGAGACAAAACCAGUGCUGACUGCAUGAUGGUCAAAUGACCUAAAAGAGAUGUAUGUUUAACUACUAACUGUUAUGUUAGCUAGUGUUUUUUAGCUAGUUUAGCGUCCUGUGUCAGAAGAAUUAGCUGCUUGCUUGAUGCCCCAAAAAAAACGAUUCUGGACUUUCUUUUGAAAUGGCUGAAACAUGGGUGUGUUUAUUUAUUUAG